GCUGCUGGUUCAUCCGUGACGCAACGAGAAGUUUGAAUUAAUAGUAAUUCCGACACUCCUACUCUCAACAUCACUUCAAACGCAACUUCCUAAUAAGUAAUAAUCUCGGUAAUAAAAUAAUAAUUACGAAGAAAAAUGGACAUCAAAGUGUGGCCCAUCAAUGAUUCCAUACAGUGCCAACAGUUAACAGCCGAAUACCUUGAAGAAACUUUAGAUCUAAUCGACAUUUCCUUUUUUCGCUACGAAAACGUGAGCACAGUCCUCGAAAUCGCAAAAGAUCCCGAAGCUUUAAGAGAACUUCGUCAAUUAACAUUGGCAGCAGCCAAGGAUGGAGUCACGGUCAUAGCAAUUGACAAAACAAAAAACAAAGUUGUCGGUGCAGCUUUAAAUAAGCUACAGGUAAGAGACAAUCCAGCUUUCGAAAUAAUUGCCCAAUCUUGGAAAAACCCCAAAUCAAAAGCCAUUGUUCAACUGAUGGCCGACAUCGACAACCUUUGCAAUCUUUUCGACCAUUGCAAAACCGACGCUAUUUUGGAAUUGAUGUUUCUGACGACGUUACCCGAAUACGGCGGCAAAGGCAUAGGAGUCAAACUCACUGAGGCGACUCAAGACAUUGGACGCAGUUUGCUCAAAGGAAUCAACGUCAAGAAGCCCAUAGAUGGGCAAAAACUUAGUCUAGAACCAGCUCCGAAAAUAGUUUCUGCAAUCUUUACCACCUUUGUCACGCAGAAAAUUGGAAGGAAACUGGACUGGACGAUUGUGGCCGAAAAGAACUUUGCGGAUUAUGAGUUCGAAGGUAGAAAUUUUGGGAAGAUUAUUGGCAAAGAGACGCCCACGGUCACCUUGGAAUACAAGAGUUUGCAGUAAAAAAUCAACGACCCAACGAUGCUUUGCGGGAAUUUUCAAAUAUUUUUAGUGGGAUUAAAUGUAAGGAAAAUUAAACACAAAUCAGCUUAGGAUUCGUAUAUUUUAUAAAUUAAUUAAUGGUUAUUACGUUGUAAGUUUUGGGUGAUCGAUAUGGUGCACCAAUCUUUUGUCUGUCAUAAAAAAUAUUAUGGAACAAAAUAAAACCGUAAAAUUCA